AUGGAGGGAUAUUUCCGCCGCUGCUGCAGCGGCGUAGCCAGGGUUACUCUUAUCGCCUGGGCCAGCUGCCGCAGGGCAAAGAAAGUGGUCGGCCCUCUACGCCCCAGCUCCUACUUCUCCGCCGGUUGGCCGGCCCUCUACGCCUCCGUCCUCUACGGCGGCGUCUUCGGCCUCCUCUCCAUGGGCGCCGCCCUCUCUGUCGCUGUUUCGGCCACGGUGGUGACCUGGAUCACCGUCCUCAUGUUGCUCGCCUUCGCGUGGAAACCAAGGGGGACGCUGCCUCGCCUUCCUGCAGCCAAAAACCUAGCUGCCGCUCCUUCAAAACCCUGCUCGCCUUUCUCCUCCCGCCCCUUCCACCUGGUCUCUCGCGUCUUCUCUCCUUCCUCCCGGAUCAACCGCCGCCUCCCGCUCCCCUCCGCAUCGCCGGCGGCCGCCUCCUCCGCCCCCUCUCCUCUCUCUCCCCCGGCCCGGAAGCUCGAUUCGAGGAAGACAGCAGCAGCCGCCAUCGAGAAUCAGCAGCAUGGCUCCGCUUCUGUGCAGAGGAGGACGGUUAUCAGACUCACUUGCUGGAGGCUUCAGCAGCGAGAGAGCAGAGCCAGAUUCAUCCCGUCAAGGGCCUUUUUCUUGUGCACCAGUAUUGAUUUGAGGAGCUUGCAGGCCCAGAACGCGUUCAAUGUGAUUCCGCCGAAUUCUCGGGCCACGAAUUAUGUGGUGCUUAGGUACUAUGAUGUCAAGGGCGAUCAGCAAGGUCUGGAAGUUGGUCUGAUAAAUGAGAGUCACUGCCAUUAUAUGGUAGUAUUUCAGUAUGGUUCUAUUGUCCUAUUUAACGUUUCUGAUCACGAGGCUGAUGGAUAUCUGAAGAUUGUCGAAAAGCAUGCUUCUGGCUUGCUAACAGAGAUGCGGAAGGAUGACUAUGCAGUUGUGGAAAAACCAACUUUGGACUCUUGGAUGCAAGGAGGUCUUGACUACAUAAUGCUCAAGACUCUGAGCAUAGAUGGCAUUCGUACUAUUGGAAGUGUCCUGGGUCAAAGUAUUGCUCUGGAUUACUAUAUUCGACAAGUUGAUGGAAUGGUUGCAGAAUUCACAGAUAUCAACCGUGGAAUGGAGAAAACUGGUACCUUCACUAUGAAAAGGAAAAAACUCUUUCAGUUAGUGGGCAAGGCAAACUCAAAUCUUGCAGAUGUCAUUCUUAAACUCGGGCUCUUUGAGAGAUCUGACAUCGCUUGGAAAAAUGCAAACUAUGCUCAAAUCUGGGAGUAUCUUCGGGAUGAAUAUGAACUAACUCAAAGAUUUGGCAGUCUUGAUUUUAAGUUGAAGUUCGUUGAGCAUAAUAUUAGAUUCCUCCAGGAGAUUCUCCAAAAUAGAAAAUCUGACUUUUUGGAAUGGCUUAUUAUUAUUUUGAUAAGCGUGGAGAUCCUCAUCUCUGUUUUUAACAUUGUUCGUGAAUCAUCAAUUACUUCCUUAUAGUAUGCAGAGGAUCUACAACAAAACCAGGGUUGAGAAAAGAGGUGUUGUGCGAAUGUAUCUCUACUUCUGUAACUAGUUCAGAGAUUUUUGACGAUUAGGUUUCUCCUGGUUAUUGUUGGAGUAAAGCGAAAAUCAGGGUGUUAUAUGAAAGAUUGUUCAAUAAGUGGAUAAUCUCCAGCUUCAGAUCUUUGGACUUGGGCAUUUUUUGCAUGUACAGAGGCUAAUAGAAGAGAGCUUCAUCUUCAAAUGAUUCACAUAUUGCAAAGUUCUUUGGUGCAUUGUACAUCUAACUUCAAUUUUAUUUUUAAUGCAAUGAUAAUCUCAUCA